GCUUGACAAACCGAUUUCAUGUGGUGAUACAAUCUUCAAUUGCAUACCUUACGCAAGCUUCACAUAACCCAUAUCCGUCCCGCACAAAGACAUACACCCGCACACCUGUCAAGAUGUUGGAAGCACGUCUAGAGCAAGCAUCCCUACUGAAAAAGGUGGUCGACGCGAUCAAGGACCUUGUACAGGACUGCAACUUCGACUGCAAUGACUCUGGAAUCGCCCUCCAAGCCAUGGACAACUCACACGUCGCCCUGGUCUCGAUGAUGCUCAAGUCCGAGUCGUUCUCACCAUUCAGAUGUGACCGCAACAUUGCUCUCGGAAUCAACCUAACGUCGCUGACCAAGGUCCUGCGAUGCGCGGCCAACGAGGACAUCUUGACGAUGAAGGCAGAGGACGCUCCUGAUGUCGUCGGCUUCACGUUUGAAAACGCAGAGACGGACAGAAUCAGUGAAUAUGACAUCAAACUCAUGGACAUCGACCAGGAGCAUUUGGGAAUUCCAGAGACGGAAUACGCUGCCACCAUCAAAAUGCCUUGCGCAGAGUUCCAGCGGAUAUGCAGAGAUUUGUCUGCACUGUCAGAGUCAGUGUCGAUCGAGUGCACAAAGGACGGCGUCAAAUUCACCUGCACCGGUGAUAUUGGAAAUGGUUCAAUCACUCUCCGCUCCCACACCAACGUCGACAAGCCCCAGCAGAACGUCGAGAUCAACCUCUCGGAGCCCGUCGCCCUGACCUUCUCAUUGAAGUAUCUCGUGAACUUCUGCAAGGCUAGCGGUCUGAGUGACUCCGUUAAAUUGUGUCUAAGCAACGAGGUUCCUCUGCUUGUCGAGUACGAGAUCAGCAACAACAGCUAUCUUCGAUUCUACUUGGCACCCAAGAUUGGCGAUGACGAAUGAACAGGUUGAACGUGUAACGUCAUGUUUGAGGAGAUGGGAAAAGCGGCGGCAUGUGGGUGCUACUGGGCACGGAACGCAUAGCGUUUUCUCCAUUUGGGGUUUUGUCUUCGUCACACGAAUGAAUGACUUCACAACACACAUUUUACAUGAUGCUCUGGAUAUGAUUCCCCCAAUGUUCAACGAUCAACGAGCGGCACGUUUAUUUCGGCGACAAAGUAUAUUUGUCUCUCUAGGUCCAUGUUCUAUAGUGAAUGCGCUCGAAAAUCUUCCGGAUGAGGCGGGUUUCUCAGUGCUUCUGUAUUCUGC